AUGGCUUCCCAAAGCAGCAAUCUCCCAACAGCUGCAGAAGAAGGGUUCAAAGACGCUGCCUCAUAUGAUGCAUACCGUCCCUCCUACCCUCCAGAGGCCGUCGAUGCAUUCCUUACGAAGCUAAAUAUUGCACAGCAAUUCGGUUCCAAGAUCGUGGAGAUAGCCUCUGGUACUGGCAAGUUCACUGAGCUCUUAGCUCAGCGACCCGAGUCGUUUACCGUUAAAGCGAUAGAGCCUCAUCAUGGCAUGAGAGAAAAGCUUGUCCAAAAGGACUUAGCUGGUGUAGAGGUGAUCGAUGGCAAGGCUGAUAAGAUGCCGAUCGAGAACGAGUGGGGUGAGGCUUGCAUCACGGCCCAAUCGUUUCACUGGUUUGCUACUCAAGAAGCUCUAAAAGAGAUUCAACGUGUGUUGAAACCGGGUGCUGUGUUCGGUGUCAUAUGGAACAUUGAGGACUACAAUAAGCCCAAGAUCUGGCAGGCAACUACAACAUGGGAACAGAGGAUAAAUGACUUUAUCUGGUCACUAGAUGAUGGACUUCCUCGAUUCAGACAUCAGAAAUGGAAAGAAGUAUUCGAUCAGCAACUGCCAGGCAGUCCGCUUCAGGUGAUUAAAGAUACAUUCACAGACCAGUUACCUAGAUUCAGUCUCCCUCUUGGGGAGGAUUCUAUCAAAUGGACGGUUUGGCUUAGCGAGGAAGCGCUUGCCUCACGGCUAAACACCUUAAGCCAGAUUGCCGUGCUUAAAGGAGAUAGACGAGAAGCCUGGACCAAGUUCUUCAAAGAGACAACCCAAGGUGAUGAUGUUGAGAGAAAUGAGAAGGGUGAAAUUGCGGUGCAUGGUGUCACAUUCUUCGCUUGGACCGAUAGACUAUAG